GCAUCACAUCUCUAUUUCGCGACUUCUAAAUACAGAACAAAAUACUUUACGAAACAUAAUAUAAACGUAAACAUUAUUGUGCCAAAUCGAAUUAAACAAAUAAAACGUUAACACACAUGCUUAUGUGCAAGCUUAACACCUUCUUUACUUCAAUACAGGAAUCUAUAAAAAGAUAAUAUGGCUUUAAAUGGAUUUUUAGAGUUCUUUCAAAAAGGCAAGACUUUCAGACCGAAGAAGCCGUUUGCAUCGGGAACAAUAAGAUAUUCGCUCCAUAAACAAGCCCAGGCCAGUUUGCAAUCCGGGAUUAAUCUGCGUCAAGUGGUGCGGCUGCCGCAAGGCGAGAACUUGAACGACUGGCUUGCUGUGCAUGUUGUGGACUUCUUUAAUCGCAUCAACCUUAUUUAUGGCACUGUCUCCGAGUUUUGUAACGAAAGUACCUGUCCCACAAUGUCCGGGGGCUCGCGUUAUGAGUAUCUGUGGGCCGAUGGAGAUCUCUAUAAAAAGCCAACCGCCCUCUCAGCUCAGAAGUACAUUGAGCAUUUAAUGGAUUGGAUUGAGUCACAGAUUAACAAUGAAGCCGUGUUCCCCGUCUCCACUGAUGUUCCUUUUCCAAAGAAUUUUACCGCAAUAAGUCGUAAGAUUUUAACUCGACUUUUCCGUGUUUUCGUUCACGUCUACAUCCACCACUUCGACAGGCUAGUGAGCAUCGGGGCUGAAGCCCACGUAAAUGCUUGCUAUAAACAUUUUUAUUAUUUCGUGCAAGAAUUCGACAUGAUCUCUGCUAAGGAGCUCGAGCCGUUGCAAGAAAUGACUUCUCGAAUUUGCAAAGACAAGGACCCGGUUUAAUACGUACUAGAAUGUGAUGUAAAUAAGUGUGGUUUGCUUAAAAUAAAUUAGAUUACAUGGAAUGCAUUACAAUUAA